AUCAUGAACAUCACCGCGCAACUGCUGACGCGAUUGCUCCUGGCCAACAACAUGACUCGAGAGGAGUUCAUCAGAGCGUACCACCUACCGCCAAUGGUGUAUGUGCCUCACCUGCCGCAGCCGCUCCGUCUGGCGUUCGCCGUGAUGGGCGCCUUGGUCUUCACGCUGGCUCUCUCCGGCAACGCGCUGGUCAUCUUCGUGGUGGCUCGGCGCAAGGCUCUACACACCGUGGCCAACGUGUUCGUGUGCUCGCUGGCCGUCAGCGACCUGAUGAUCACCGUCUUCUGCAUCCCCGUCACGCUCAUGCAGAACUUUUUCUCCAACUGGAUCGCAGGAGUGGCUCUGUGCAAGCUGGUGCCGUUCAUCCAGGUGACAGCCGUGACCACCAGCAUGCUGACCAUGGCCUGCAUCGCUGUGGAGAGAUUCCAGGGCAUCCUGCACCCGCUGCGCUCACGCUCGCGAUACACCGCAGCACGCGCUGUCUCCAUGCUCUGUGGCGUGUGGCUGGUGGGGCUGUGUGUGGCGGCUCCCAUGUGUUAUGCACACACAGUGCAGGUCACGUACGACGUGCUCUAUGACGUGUCGCACACGGGCUGCAGCGAGCAGUGGAGCCGCGCGGAGCACCGCCAGGCGUACACCACGACGCUGCUGCUCGUCACCUUUGUGCUGCCGCUGCUCACCAUGACGGCGCUCUACGCGCGCCUGGCGCACGAGCUCUGGGUCAAGACGCGCGUGCACGACGCGGUGUUCAACGCGCUGCAGCGCUCCGAGAUCAACAAGAUCACCAGGAGUAAGAAGCGUGCCGUCAAAAUGAUGGUGAUCGUGGUGAUCCUCUUCGCAGUAUGCUGGGCGCCCUUCCACGUGGUCAACAUGCUGGUGGACUAUGGAAACCUGGAGAUGAGCUUUGACAUGGAGGCAAUCACCUUGGCAAUGGUGCAGCUCUUCGGGUUCAGCAACUCGCUGUGGAACCCAAUUGUCUAUGCUGCCCUCAACCAGAACUACAAGAAGCAGCUGGCGAUCGCUUUGUCCUGCCUCAUGUGCCGGCGCCCAGAUCGCAUCGGCGUGAGUGACCCUCCGGGGGGGGUCACCGCGCCACCGGGGGCCGCGCUGCGCCUGCAGGGAGAAGGCGCGCUGGCAGGCGGAGGACCAUGGCCGCAGGAGAGUAAGACUUACGCAGACAGUAAGACGGGCACGACUGCGCUCAGCGCCAUGAACGCUCGCGCUGCCAAGAUGCACGUGAGCAACAGGAGAGGUGCCGCUGACGUCGGCCAUGUUGGCGGCCGCCAAGAGGGCGAGCCGAGCAGUGCUGGUGCCCCAGUGGGGACAGGCGGGGAUGGGGUGCGCUGGGCCCGCGCCUGUAUCUGCUCUGCAGUGCCGCUCCAAGGCGCUGGUGGUGCCGUGGGCAGGACGCGCCACCACCUACCUCUCUGCCGAUUUCGCAGCCUGCGCCGACUCUGCGGGGGGAUUGGUACUGGGGUGGAGCAGCACGCUAUGGUGGCGCUCACCAUCACUGACCCUAUCUCGCCACUUGGAAAAUGGGCCACUUGGCAAACAAUUUCGUAA